GGGAGACUCGUAACCUCCUAUACUAAAGCCACUAUAGCAUACUUCCGAUAUGGCCAAGCUUCUCGCAAACAAGAUUGUGGUCAUCACGGGCAGCAGUCAGGGUAUAGGCCGAGCCACCGCGAUCGCUGCUGCCAAUCAUGGGGCUGACUUGGUCCUGCACCACUUGGGUAAAGAAACCGAACGCGAUAUCAUGAAAGUACGGGAAGCGGUCGAAGCAGCCGGUCGUCGUGCCAUCACGGUUGCCGGCGAUAUCUCCCAAGUGCGGACCUCUGCCUCGAUCGUUGAGGAGGCUGUAAAGGCAUACGGAAGGGUAAAUGUAUUGGUUUCAAACGCAGGCAUCUGUCCUUUCCACACCUUCCUGGACAUGCCGGACGACCUCUUCCUCAAGACACAACAAGUCAACUUCCACGGGUCCUUCUUUAUCACGAGAGCUAUCGCCAAUCAGAUGGCCAAGCAAGAGGGAGAACACCGAGGUGGAGCGAUCGUCGCCAUCUCCAGUAUCUCGGCCUUUUUCGGAGGGAUACAACAAACGCAUUACACCCCUACGAAAGCGGCGAUUAAGAGCUUGAUGGAGUCGACAUCGCUGGCACUCGCACCGCAUGGUAUCAGGUGCAAUUCCAUCCUUCCAGGAACCAUCGAGACUCCCAUCAACGAGGACGAUCUUCAAGGCCCGAAACGCAAGAUGAUGGAAGAGAGGAUCCCUCUCGGAAGAUUUGGUCGACCAGAAGACAUUGCCGAACCAGUCUGCUUCAUGGCCUCUGAUAUGGCCAAAUAUAUCACCGGUGCUUCCUUGCUCGUUGAUGGUGGUGCGGCUGUCAGCUUGCAAUGAUAUUCUGUCUGACAUUGCUUAAUUCAAUGGUAGCCUCACAACCAGCA